GUUGAUGAAAAAACCAAAACAAAACCCUCCAUGCUUUGAUCAACGCGUGUUGGAAUUUUCUCGUUUCAUAAAUAAAUCUCAUUCAGAACGUUACUCUUCCCCAUUUCCUGCUCAGACAACCCUAAUUUCAACGCUCCUUUUUCAAUGAAAUAGGGUGCCGUUUCAAUACUGAAGCAGCAGCUCUAGGUUAGCUUUGUCAUGGAGAGCUCUGAGGAUGAGAAGGAUGGAGUCUAUGGGAAUUAUGUACCGAAAGAAUUGAGCCAUCAUUUCACAUCCAAUGGUACAAAAUUUGUGGAUGAGGUACUAAAUGGUCAAAGUGAACGCUGUUUGGAAAAUUUUCGCAUGGAUAAGCAGGUGUUUUACAAGUUGUGUGAUAUUCUGCAAUCCAAAGGCUUACUACGCCACACAAAUCGAAUCAAGAUUGAAGAGCAAUUAGCUAUUUUUAUGUUCAUUAUUGGUCAUAAUCUACGGACUCGUGCUGUUCAAGAAUUAUUUCGAUACUCAGGAGAAACGAUUAGUCGCCAUUUCAACAAUGUUUUGAAUGCAAUUAUGGCAAUCUCAUUAGAUUUUUUUCAGUCUCCUGGGUCUGAUGUUCCACCAGAAAUCUUAGAGGAUCCUAGAUUUCAUCCAUAUUUUAAGGAUUGUGUUGGAGCAGUUGAUGGUAUACACAUUCCAGUGAUGGUAGGUGUAGAUGAGCAAGGACCUUUCCGUAACAAGAAUGGCUUACUUUCACAAAAUGUUCUCGCAGCUUGUUCAUUUGAUCUGAAGUUCCAUUAUGUUCUAGCUGGUUGGGAAGGUUCAGCAUCAGAUUUGCGAGUUCUAAACUCAGCGCUCACCAGGCGUAACAAAUUGCAGCUCCCUGAAGGAAAGUAUUACCUUGUGGAUAACAAGUAUGCAAAUAUGCCGGGUUUCAUUGCCCCAUAUCAAGGUGUCCCUUAUCACUCUAAUGAAUUUCCCAGUGGUUAUCAUCCACAAGAUGCGAAGGAGCUAUUCAAUCAACGACAUUUGUUAUUAAGACAUGCAACUGAUCGUAUUUUCGGGGCCUUAAAGGAGCGUUUCCCAAUUUUGAUGUCAGCUCCACCAUAUCCAUUACAUACACAGGUGAAGUUGGUAGUUGCAGCCUGUGCAUUACACAAUUACAUCCGCAGGGAGAAGCCUGAUGACUGGCUCUUCAGAAUGCAUGAACAAGACACUAUAAUGCAAAUGGAAGAGUCCUUGCCUCCUUUAGAGGUGGAACAGCCAAUGACCCAUGUUGACAUGCAGGCUCUGGAUAUCGGUUAUCAAACCGAAGAACUAGAGCUUGCGUCACAGUUUCGGGACUGCAUUGCAUCUGAAAUGUGGGAAGACAGCCUCCGCCAUUUGGCACCCAUGUAGAUUGAUUCAUUGUGGUCACAGUCAGACUAAGUAUGAAAUCUUUGAAGAUGAACAUUGCCAUAUGGUCUGAUUUUGGUCUUGCUCUUGAUAAUGUACAUUGCCAUUUGGUUUAUAGAAAAGAAAUAUAUUGGUAUAUCAUUUUUUUUUUUUUUUUACUUCCUCACUGAAUGUUUGUACUGGCAUGUUUGUAAGCAAUGUGUUUAUAAGCAACCAUUUCAUAGGUUGUAAGCUGACUGGUGCAAUGGAAGUGCAAAUUCAUGUC